UCCCGACGAUGGUGGAAAUCGUGGACAAAGCCGAGUCGGAGCUAUUCCGGAGCUAUGUGCUGAAAGUGUCCGGCAUCCGGGAGGUGCUCGCCCGUGACCACAUGAAGGUGGCCUUCUUUGGGCGCACCUCCAACGGGAAAAGUUCAGUGAUCAACGCUAUGCUGCGGGACAAAAUCCUACCGAGUGGUAUCGGCCACACCACCCAUUGCUUCUGCCAGGUGGAGGGCAUCGAUGGCGACGAGGCAUACCUAGUCAAGGAAGGUUGUGAUGAGAAGCUGAAUGUAACGUCGAUUAAACAACUUGCCAAUGCGCUAUGCCAGGAUAAACUCUCGGAAAGCUCAUUGAUCAGGAUAUUCUGGCCACGUAAACGAUGUAACUUGCUAAGGGAUGAUGUAGUUUUCGUUGAUUCGCCCGGAGUCGAUGUGUCACCUAAUUUGAACGAUUGGAUAGACAAUUUCUGCUUAAAUGCUGACGUUUUCGUGUUGGUUCUCAAUGCUGAAUCCACUAUGACCUUGGCGGAAAAACACUUCUUCCACGAAGUCUCAACCCGGCUUUCGAAACCGAACAUUUUUGUGCUGAACAACCGUUGGGAUGCAUCGGCCUCAGAGCCGGAGUUCCAGGAAUCGAGGGACCUGGAUAAGGUCAAAGCACAACACCAGGAACGAUGCGUCGAUUUCCUCGUGAAGGAGUUGAAGGUUGCAUCCGGAAAGGAGGCAGAGGAACGCGUCUUCUUCGUGUCAGCGCGUGAAACACUGCAGGCCCGAUUGAAGGAAGCCGAAGGUCUGCCAGCGAUUGCCGGCGCUUUGGCUGAUGGUUUCCAGAACCGGUACUUUGAGUUCCAGGACUUCGAACGGAAGUUCGAGGAAUGCAUCUCGAAAAGUGCAGUCAGAACCAAAUUUGAACAGCACAGCUCUCGCGGCAAGAGCAUCUCAACGGAGAUGCGCAUGAUGCUGGACAACAUCUUCGACCGGGCGAAUGUCCUGCGCAAUCAGAAGCUGGAACAGAAGAAGAAACUGACUGAUCGGAUCGCAAAUACCGAAACACAACUGAUGCAAGUGACACGAGAGAUGAAAAUGAAGAUCCACAACAUGGUCGAGGAAGUCGAGCAAAAAGUGGCCAAGGCACUGAACGAGGAAAUUUGGCGACUAAACGUGCUGGUGGAUGAGUUCAACCUGCCUUUCCACACGGAUCCAUUGGUUCUGAACGUUUACAAAAAAGAAAUCAACGCCCACGUGGAAAGUGGCCUUGGUUCGAAUCUGAGGGCGCGACUUAGCACAGCUUUAGCCAUGAACGUCGAAACAGCGCAAAGGGAAAUGACCGACCGCAUGACUGCGCUGAUCCCGUCGGAAAAGAUCAUCACCCACACGCAUCACGUCGUUGCGCGGAAUCAACCGUUCGAGAUGCUGUACACGCUGAACUGUCAAAACCUAUGUUCCGAUUUCCAAGAGGAUCUGAAUUUCCGCUUCUCCUGGGGAAUCACUGCGUUCAUAGCGAGGUUUAAUGGCAAAAUGCGAGCGAACAACAAGAAAGCAAUUUCGCACAAUAGGCAAAGUAGCAAUAUGAAUGUAUCGCAAGUAAUGUCUCCUACUUCACCGAUGUGUCUUAUGCCGGAUAACGAACUGAUCACAGAAGAGCAGCUGUCGGUGAUAUCGAAGGUGGCGAUAGCUUCGAUCGGAUCCCAGGGCACCCUGGGGCUUCUGGUGGCCGGUGUGCUCCUGAAAACAAUUGGCUGGCGAGUGAUUGUGGGUGCCGGCAUCCUGUAUGGCAGCGUGUAUCUCUACGAGCGCCUGUCCUGGACCAACGCCGCCAAAGAGAAGAAUUUCAAAAACCAGUAUGUGCAGCACGCCACACGGAAGCUGAAGUUGAUUGUCGAUCUCACUUCGGCCAACUGCAGCCACCAGGUGCAACAGGAGCUGUCCAGCACCUUCGCCCGAUUGUGUCGCGUUGUCGAUACCGCUACCACAGAGAUGAACACUGAACUGAAGGACAUCGAAACCUCCCUGGCCGUGAUCGAGGCCAACCAGAAGCAAAUCAAGGUGCUCAGCAAUAAGGCCAACUUCAUCCAGCGCGAGCUGGAAAUCUUCGACAGCAACUAUAUCAAGGAGAACUAAGUUGAACCCUUCUGAAGAGGGUAGCAAGAGUUAAUGUUUAAUAUAUUGUAUUCUCGCCAGGAGACAGCGUCACUCAAACCGGUAUCGAAACCAAACAAAGUUUGUAGCUUGGAUGGAUGUGACAGAAAGUUUAGUUACAUAGAACCUACGUUCCUUGUUCACACUUUUUACCUGAUUCGAUACUUUGCAAACAUUGCUAUAUUUAUAUUUUUAAAUGUUAUAUGCUUUAGUUUCCAAUUUUGAUUAGUUGCUGUGCACCAACAUAUUUGGUUGGAUAGUUAUCGUCACCUCCAAAGCAAGAAUCUACACACCAACCGAAUAUGUACUACAAAGAUUAUUGAUGCAAGUGAGUGAAACUUACUUAGAGAAUACGCUAAUGAAUCCCUAACAAAAUAUUUCAAUGUAACUGUGUAUAAUAUAUCCUAAGACUUAGUACUGUAGGAGAGGUCGUUUUCUUGUACAGGUAUUACCGUACAGACUAAAGGCAGUUAGAUAUUUCUGUUCAACGAUAGAUGAGGGCUGUUGUAAAAAUAAAUUAAAUCUAUCGAAAAAGCUAAAAUCGGAAACUAGACCAAGCGUUGAUUGCAGAAGCUAGACCGCAAACC